AAUGAAACUGGAAAGCAGCAUAGAUUCAGCUGUAUUUUCUCAACAACAUCAUCAAUCAUACAAUACCGAUUCACUCGAAAAUAAGAGGGGAUCAACUGGAAAAUCUGAAAAAUCACUAUCAAUUGAAGUAUCUGUUGCUGACCCCGAUUCCCCAUUGAACUUGAUGAACGAAAAUACUGUAAUUGGGUUAGUUGAUGAGAAUAAUACUAUAGAACAUCAUCCUAAUGAUGUGGAUUCAUUAAAAAAUAAUGAUUUCUCAACAGACGUCGGUCCAAACUCUAUUUUGAACGCACACAAUGAUUUGAAACCUGUCGUAGUUUCGACAAUUGAUGAAAAAAAGUUGAAUCCUUUUCGACAAACAACUUCUAAUAAUAAUGUUAUUCCAAUUUUAGAACACGCAAAUCCUAUGGAGCCAGCGAUUGGGUUUAAAAUGACCGAUCGCAAAAUAUCGCAAUUCAACCCUUGGAAUAUACAUACCACUGAGUGCCCAUUGAAUAAAUAUCGCCAGAAUAGCACGCCCCACAAUAAGUAUCUUCAUGUGUUAAAGUUUGAGGGCGAUUCAAGUAGAGAACAUAUGGAACGUUUAAAGGAUGCUUCAGCCUCCAAUAGACACACAGUGAAGCUUGAAGGUAUUGAGCCCAGUGAAGAGUCAAACAAUUCGAAUAAGGCUAAUCCACAAAAACGAAAUACAUACAAAAGUACAGGUGCAAAAGAACCUGGAACAACCAGUACAAUCAUAAACAAACGGAAGAAAAGUAACGUGAAAAGGCAAGCUUCUCCGAAUGGAAAUCAAAUCAGAGGAGGCCAAAGCUGUUUAGAGCGUAAUACUCCACCGGGUGUGGAUCCAAUCACAUACCAUGAGAGUGCUCAUUGCUUGCGCUAUAGUGAUCUGUGGUAUACUGUUUAUCACUUGAGAAGGCCUUUUGUUGAACACUCGGUGCGAUUGAAACUUUAUGAAAAGUAUGACUAUCAUGACAAAAAUACGCACUGGGAUGAAAUAACUGCCGGAAGGCAGACCAACGUGGGAACAUUUAGCCGUGUUGUUCAAGAUGAAACGCCAACAUUCUCUUUCACUUACAUGCCGAGCUCAGAUCAAGUGCUCGGUCCUUUCCAGCUAGACACCGAUAAAAGCACGUUGCUAGUUCCUCAACCAGUCAGCGAUCAACUCCAAGAUAAAUAUCCACAGGCGAGAGCUGGUCCCAGUGAAUAUCUUCUGCUGAAGAGCGACCAAAUCACACAGGAUGGAGACGAAUGCGAUAAGGUCGGAGUUGGCUUCUCAGCGUUCGCAAAGCAACCCGACAGAUGCAGUCACGUGCGGGGCACAUGUCUCACCAAUCAACCUCUACAUCUAUGGCAGCAUGAUCAUGAGGCUCUGGCAAACGACAAGCCAGGAAAGUAUUUCCUGAAAAACUUUGCGUGUAUAUCGUUGAACCCUUUCAUAGUGAACAAAUCCAAUAGCGACGAAUUCCUGGCCAUUGAUUAUCAUAAUCCCUACUCAGCAACGAUUGAAAUCGAAGUCAAGUCUGAUUUUAAUGGCAUCAUUCGACCAGGGAUAGGAGCCCAGUUACCCGAAGUGUACGUAGAUGCGACAUGCGAUUUCAACACGAAAAUAAUCGUCACGAUUGCGAACAUGGGUCUGGCGUCGGCUCGAUUCUUCCCAAGGUUAGCCAAUUGUCCAGGAGGCUUGCCCGAGGUGUGGCUGACCGCUCAGAGCCCGGCAUUCAUGAUCGCGCCGCAACACCAGCACAGGUUCCAUCUGUCUCUGUUUGGCACGCUUCCCAUCGGCCGCUUCCACUGUUCAAUUGACGUUUUGAACGACAACCACGAGAUAGUGGCAACCAGGCGAAUCCGCAUCCAGAGGUACGAUCGUUGCUUCUGCCUGUUUCAUUGCCUGUGCGCCUGUAGCGCAUCCAGCAAAGGACUCAGUUGCGACCAAAUGUCCAUCGAACAUUACCAUGCGGCUGGAUUUAUGGGAUCCCUGCCUAUUCCAAUAGUUUUUGAACAAAAGUCUGUUUUUGAAAAGAAUUUCAAUUUUUGGAGCUAUCUGUUGAUAGCUUUCUUGAUUGGUCCUCUGCUGCUUGGUUUUUUGAAAGCGUUAUCGGGCGUGUGUUGUUGUACAACGAUCAGCUCAGCUGGCAUGUCAUUGGUGGGUGCAGGAAAAGCCAAGACUGCGGCCAGCCAAGAGGAAGGGGAGGGGGAAGACGCAAGCAAGUCAGCUGAAGAUGGCCAGCAACAACCCAAUCCAGUAAUGCAAUUCUGCUUGAAUAUUUUCAUAUUCUUCUAUCUGAUAUUUGUGGUGAUCGUAAAACUCUUGAGUGUUUUAUGUUCAAUUUUCUGCUGUUUUGCAAUCUGUGCAAUUUUUAAUAAAAGAGAUUCUGGAGAUUCUGAAUCGGGGAAGCGUAAAAGCUCUGUGAGUGAAAGGUCUCAACUACCAUCCACUGACGAAGAGCGUCAUGUGAGUUUUGAUGAUGAUGCUGAUGCUGAUGAUGUUGACGGCGAAGGUGAAGGUGAAGAUGGCGAAGGAGACGGAGAUGAGGAUGAGGAUGAAGAAGAUGGUGAAGAGGAAGAGGAUGAGGAUGAGGAAGAUGAUGGUGAACCAGAUGUUCUGAAGAUAACUGGGGGCGACAGUCUGGAUGACGAUGCUGACAUCGAUCUCCUUGAAUAUUUCAACAAACCAGAUGCUUUAGAAGGAGAUCAAGUAAAGAAAAUAAUGAAGAAGUUCAAGCAAUAUUACAAGAACAAUCCACCCGAUAAAAGGGAAAGUAAAUCGUCAGAUGAAGAAGAAAACGAUGAUGUAUUAUCAGACAACGCUGUAUCAGAAUACGAAUCGAGAGUGGCGGAGAGCUUCAUUGAUCUGCUUCUUGAGUCUGAGGAGGUGUACAGGCACUUCAGUGAGCCAGUGGGCGACAUCAUAAUGCCUGAAGGCUUCGAGUAUUGCAUACGAGGAUUCUUGGUCAAGAGUGACACGGGAUACUUUUUCAUUCCACCCUCGCCAUUGCUACAAUACUGGACACACGACAAGCAGUUGAUGGAGCCACCGCAGCCACUGGCAUUUGCAGACUUCGAAAAAGCGUACGACUCGGCAAUCGAUGUGCUCAUCAGCUAUGACCUUGAUUUGAUGCCCAAUGGACCGGCCGUCAAUGUCUACCAUCUUUGAGAAAGUUGUUAAAAUAAACAGUCAGUCUUGAAUUCUCCACCGUUUUCUUAAUUGGUGUAAAAAUGUUCAAAUAAAUUAGUCUACUCUAUAGGAAAGAUUGAAUAAUAAAAAAUACUUGGUAGUUUUGGAUUGAAA